CAAUACGAGGAAAAAACAAAAACAUUCUACGACAGUGAUGUCAGAAAUAUGUGGAAAAAAAAGAAGCCAUUAACGAAAUAAACUCUUUUUAAUUAGCGCCACUUCACCCUCCAUCUCUCUCUAACGUGUUUUUUCUGUUCUCUGCCAACUUUCACAGAAAUGUCGACGAUAGUGCGCAGAGGUAUCCAUUGCAUGCAGAGACUGAAUUCAGCGAGUGUAUCCGCUGCUUUGCUAGAGAAUGGACAAAAUCGUGUAAUCGAUGCUUCACUUACCCUUAUUAGAGAAAGAGCAAAGCUUAAGGCAAAACUUGUGCGUGCUUUGGGAGGUGCUGUUGCAACUUCAUCGCUUCUUGGAGUUCCUUUGGGACACAAUUCAUCAUUCCUUCAAGGGCCUGCAUUUGCGCCACCUCGUAUUAGGGAGGCCAUUUGGUGUGGUAGCACAAACUCAACAACCGAAGAAGGUAAGGAUUUAAAAGACGCACGAGUGCUAACUGAUGUCGGUGAUGUCCCUAUUCAAGAAAUUCGAGAUUGUGGUGUAGAUGAUAAAAGAUUGAUGAGUGUCAUUGGCGAAUCUGUCAAGUUAGUGAUGGAAGAGGCUCCACUAAGACCCUUAGUUUUAGGUGGUGAUCACUCAAUAUCAUUUCCGGUUAUUCGAGCUGUCUCUGAGAAGCUUGGAGGACCGGUAGAUGUUCUUCAUAUUGAUGCGCAUCCUGACAACUACGAUGCAUAUGAAGGAAAUAUUUAUUCGCACGCUUCUUCCUUUGCUCGCGUCAUGGAGGGUGACUAUGUUCGGCGACUCUUGCAGGUUGGUAUUCGAUCAAUAUCAGCUGAAGGACGUGCACAAGCGAAAAAAUUUGGGGUCGAACAAUAUGAAAUGCGAACAUUUUCUAGAGAUCGCCCCUUCCUAGAGAACCUGAAACUAGGGGAAGGUGUGAAAGGGGUGUAUAUCUCGAUAGACGUCGAUUGUCUCGAUCCUGCAUUUGCUCCAGGAGUGUCUCACAUUGAACCUGGAGGUCUUUCUUUCCGUGAUGUUCUUAACAUCCUACACAAUCUUCAAGGCGAUGUUGUUGGUGGAGACGUCGUUGAAUUCAACCCACAACGCGAUACCGUUGAUGGAAUGACUGCUAUGGUAGCUGCUAAGUUGGUUAGAGAACUCGCUGCAAAGAUUGCAAAAUGAUAAAAGGAUAACAUUUUAGAAUGACAAUAAAUUUUUACUAGGUUGGUGUAUUAAUAUAAGAGCUUAUACGAUAUCAAACGGGAUUCAUAUUUCAAAUAAAUUCGAGCGAUUUCUGUA